AGUCGGAAGCAACCCAAGACCUUCGCAUUUGACCACUGCUUCGACUCCCUGUCCAGCGAGAGCCCUUCCUUCGCCUCGCAGGAGACGGUGUUCACGGCCGUGGGGGAGGACAUCCUCAACAAUGCCUUCACCGGGUACAACGCCUGCAUUUUCGCCUACGGGCAGACUGGUUCGGGCAAGUCGUACACCAUGAUGGGCGCGGCGGACCAGAAGGGCCUCAUCCCACGGCUGUGCGACACCCUGUUCGAGAGGAUAGCGGCCAACGCCUCGCCGCAGUCCGUCAGCCACAAGGUGGAGGUGUCCUACAUGGAGAUCUACAAUGAAAAGGUACAUGACUUGUUGGACCCCAAGGGCUCGCGACAGACGCUGCGGGUGAGGGAACACAACAUCCUGGGGCCCUACGUGGACGGCCUCUCUCUGCUGGCUGUGUCCUCCUACGAAGAGAUCGAACAACUCAUCGAGGAAGGCAACAAGGCGCGCACCGUGGCGGCCACCAACAUGAACAGCGAGUCCUCCAGGUCCCACGCGGUGUUCACGGUGAUCCUCACCCAGACCGUGACUGACGUGGCCUCGGGCGUGUCAGGAGAGAAGGUGUCCAAAAUGUCCCUGGUCGAUUUGGCGGGGUCUGAGAGGGCGGUGAAGACUGGGGCCGUAGGGGAGCGGCUCAAGGAAGGCUCCAACAUCAACAGAUCCCUCACAACUUUGGGGUUGGUCAUCUCCAAGCUGGCUGACCAAGCUGUGGGGAAGGCGAGGAGCAAAGGUGACAACUUUGUCCCUUACCGAGACUCUGUCCUCACCUGGCUGCUUAAGGACAACCUUGGAGGCAACAGUCGAACAGUCAUGGUAGCCACUGUGUCUCCAGCUGGUGAUAACUUUGAAGAAACGCUUUCAACUCUAAGGUAUGCUGACCGGGCAAAGAGAAUUGUUAACCAUGCUGUUGUCAAUGAAGAUCCCAAUGCCAAAAUCAUCCGUGAACUUCGUGAAGAGGUUGAAACCUUACGAACACAGUUACAGAGUUUGCGUCAGAUGACAAGAGAUGGUCCAGCAUCCUUACAGGAAGAGGAAAGCCUCAAUGAGAAACUCCAUGAAAGUGAAAAGCUCAUUACAAAUCUUUCAGAAACUUGGGAGAACAAACUCAAAAAAACAGAGCGUGUCCAGCAGGAGAGGCAGCAGGCCCUGGAGAAAAUGGGUAUCAGUGUGCAAGCAUCUGGUAUUAGUGUGGAGAAAAACAAAUAUUAUUUGGUGAACUUGAAUGCAGAUCCAUCACUCAAUGAGAUGCUUGUUUAUUAUCUCAAGGACCGUACACUGGUGGGGCGUCCUGAUGCAGGCAGUGAACCCAAUGACAUCCAGCUGUCUGGGGUGGGCAUUGAGACACACCACAGUGUUCUUUGCAUUGAAAAUGGUGACCUGUACAUUGAGCCAUAUCCCAAUGCCCGGACAUGUGUCAAUGGGUCACAGGUCACAGAGAAGGUGCAGCUUCGGCACGGGGACAGAAUACUGUGGGGAUUCAAUUACUUCUUCCGUGUCAACUGUCCAAAGACCAGCGUUGGAGGCAACAACUCAGAGCCACAGACACCUGCCCAGCCUAUUGACUACAACUUUGCCCGGGAGGAGCUGAUGCUGAAGGAGCUGAGUAAUGACCCAAUCCAGGCAGCCAUUCAGAACCUGGAGCGACAGCAUGAGGAAGACAAACAAAUGGCCCUUGAAAAGCAGAGACAAGAAUAUGAAAAGCAAUUCCAGCAGUUAAGGAACAUUUUGUCGCCAACAACUCCUUAUGCUCCCUACAUGCCAUUUGACCCACUGAGAGGCACUAAAAUGACCCCGUCCACUCCCACCUCUCAACUCAGGAUAGAGCGGUGGGCCCAGGAGAGAGAGGACAUGCUCGAGCACAGUUCCAUUUUGUACCCUGGCAGAGAGGAUACAUUCCGCCGCAGUCUGGCCCAGCUCAGGCAGGACAUCAUGAAGGCCAACACCUUGGUGCGGGAGGCCAACAUCUUUGCUGAUGAAAUGGGAAAACAGACAACCUUUGGUGUCACCCUGCAGAUUCCCCCACAGAAUUUGUCUCCAAAUCGCAAGAGGUCUGCAUUUGUUAGUGAGCCAGCCAUUCUAGUCAAGAGGAAAGGAAAACCCAAUCAGGUCUGGUCAAUGGAGAAACUUGAGCACAAAUUGAUUGUCAUGCGAGAAAUGUAUGACGAACAACAUAACAAUCCUCUUGCUGAGUGUUCAGCAGCAGAUCCUUUCUAUGAGAGCCAAGAGAAUCACAAUUUGAUAGGAGUUGCCAACAUCUUCCUGGACUGUUUGUUUCAUGAUGUUCGGCUAAACUACCAUGUACCAAUUAUAUCACAGCAAGGGGAAGUAGCAGGAAGGUUACAGGUUGAAAUCUGUCGUACUGCUGGUCAGUUUCCUCAGGAGAGGUUUGCAGACACAUUUUCUGAUUCUUCUAGUGACUCAGCUCAGAGCAGAGAGGAAGAUGAAGUUCAGAACAGUGCAGUGACUGUAAGGGUGUCUAUCAAGCAAGCAGCUGGUCUUCCUCCUUCCCUGUCCCACUUUGUUUUCUGUCAGUACCAGUUCUGGGGCCAGACUGAGGGAGAGGUUGUCGCUCCAGUUGUGAAUAAUGAGUUUCCAGCAGCUCCAACAUCAAAAGAUUCCAUCACAUUUAAGUUUGAGCACACUAAAGACUACACAGUGCUAAUUACUGAAGAUUUUCUUGAGCACUGUGCUGAUGGUGCACUCUCCAUUGAGGUGUGGGGCCACAGGUCAGCUGGUUUUGGUGUAACUCGGACAGGUUGGGAAGUUGACCAGCAGUUGGCAAAAGCACGGUCAUUAGUUGACAGAUGGAGUGAGUUGACCCGCAAGAUAGAAAUGUGGGUGGAGAUCCAAGAGCUAGGAGAGUGUGGGGACUAUGUGUCUGUUGAGGUGUCUCCCCAGAAGGAUGUGUUGACAGGAGGGGUGUACCAACUGAGACAAGGACAGCAGAGGAGGAUUGUAUGCAGAGUGAAGCCUGUGUCAAAUUCAGGAACCUUACCACUCAUCUGUGAAGCCAUUACUAACAUCAGUAUUGGGUCAGUAUGUGGACGUUUGAGAUGUCAGAGGCAGCUGGAUUCUUACACAGAAGAAGAUCUAAAUGUCCUGCGGGAGAGGUGGAGUGAGGCACUCAAGAGGAGAAGAAUGUAUCUGGACCAACAGAUUCAGAAAAUAAUAAACAAAGGAGACAAGAAUGAGUGUGAUACAGAGCGAGAACAGUCACUGGUGGACCAGUGGGUCAGCCUUACAGAGGAGCGGAAUGCUGUGCUGGUACCUGCUGCUGGGUCCAGUAUUCCUGGAGCACCAGCUGAUUGGGAUCCUCCAUCAGGGAUGGAAGCUCAUGUUCCAGUUCUCUUUCUAGAUCUCAAUGCUGAUGACUUCUCAACCCAAGGAUAUGGUGGUGACAGCUUCACAUUGGCUGGAAAUAAUGCAAUAAUACCCAAGGAAAACUGCAAUAAGUUCUUCCAGUUGCCCAUUGUAAAGUGUUAUGAGAAGGAUGUUUGUGCAGUGGCUUCCUGGGACUCCUCCAUCCAUGACAACAUGUACCUCAACAGACUCACUCCAAAUGAUGAGAGAGUUUACCUCAUUGUGAAAGCUGUGGUCAGAUUGUCUCAUCCAGCAGCAAUGGAUCUUGUCCUGAGGAAACGACUUGCUGUCAAUAUAUAUAAAAAACAGUCACUAACAAGCAAAUUUGUAAAAUCAAUAAUUGGUUCAGUGAACACCUUAUAUGAAACAGGAAUUAUGUACGAAGUAGUGUCAAAUAUUCCUAAGGCAAGUGAGGAGUUGGAAGAACGAGAGUCCCUUGCUCAAAUGGCAGCAAAUGCUGAUGAUUCUCAUGCAGAAGAUGGAGAAACAUAUAUAGAAAAAUAUACCAAAGGAGUUACAUCAGUAGAGUCUAUCUUGAUGCUUGAUAGAUUACGUCAGAAUGUUGCUGUUAAAGAGUUGCUUCAGUCUGCCGGCCGUCCCCUCAUGAGGAAGACUGCAUCCGUCCCUAACUUUUCUCAUGAAGUUGGUUGUGAUAGAGAGACAGGAUUAGCUAAGGCUGCACCACCUCCUCGGGGACGGCAGGAAGAGGGAGGUUUGAUCUUGCAGCUCCAGAAACGCUUGAGGACUAACCUAGAGCUGUUUGGCAGUCAUGAGGCUCUUGAUGGAGUGACCAGAUCAGGCAGUGUGAUGGACCUCAAUGCUCAACUGUCCACAUCAUCACAGAAUAACCUGGACAAGAGCAAGCACCGAUAUUCCCUGCCAGGGCCAAGUGAGCGGCCAUUUGGCUUGUCUCGACCUACGUUCCUCAAUUUGAACCUCAACCUCAACUCAAUAAGACUUCAGGGAUCAACUCCUGCCAAGUCCGUCACUUCAGCCUCUCCAAGCCCUGGUCCGAUGAAAAUGACUCCCAGAAUGACAACACUACAUGAGGAGAACACAAGAGAGGCAGCACCACUGCUACACAUGGAGGUGGAGGAAGAGGAGGAUGAAGAGGAUGAACAUUCUGAAUUUGACCAGGAAGAACAAGAAAAUGGAGGUGUCAUAUCCAGAAGAACCAACGGGGAGGAGGGAUUCAAUGAGUUUGCAUCAUAUCGGAGCAGUGGCCUUGCUGGUGGCAGACUGCAGCUUACUCAGAGUCGAACAUUGGAUUCCUUGAAUGAAGUUGCUGCCACCAAAGCAGGUACCCCAUCUACAGUAUCAAGUGGCUAUGGAUCUGGUGCAGUUUCAUCAACCACUUUAAGUGAAGAUUCGCUAUCAAUGAGAAGUGUUAGUGUUGAUGAGACUCCUGAUAAAGAUAUUCCAGCCAGUCAUGCCACCAUGGAUAUAUCAACCAUAAGCUCUGGUGAAAGUGACUCCAGUGAUACAAAAACUGUCAUUAAUCAGCAGUUGGAAGGCUUCAACUCAACAGAGUCAGCAGACACCACAAAUCCCAGCCCUGUUACUGGAAAGCCAGAGAAUGAGCUAAAAAUUGUUGAAGAUGAAGAGAAAGAAAACUGCAUCACUGAUGUGCCAGAAUCCACCGUCAAUAGUACUACAAAAUCUCUUUCCACAUCUGCUACAAACUCAUUACCUGAAUCAGAGAGUCCACUUUCUCCUCUCUCCUCCUCCUCUUCCACCUCUUCACUGACGAUGACUGUUGGUUCAGAUGUUGUCCUGAGGCGUGGUGGCACCAGUAGAAAGAACCCCAGUCAUCGCAUGUCAUUCCCACUGGCUCAGUCUCAGGUGGCCAUGGCUGACUCACACAUCAUGAAUGGGACCUCACCUGCAUCAUCAUCUGAAUGUGUUGAUUUCGACAAAACUUCCAAUAGCAAGCCUCUGGCACCACUGCCUGACUGGUGUGAAGUUGGAGAAAGUAUUCAGAUUAGACCAUACAACUACUCAGGAGUUGUUGCUUAUGUUGGUCACACAGAGUUUGCUCCGGGAACAUGGAUUGGGGUGGAGUUGGAUGUUCCAAUGGGCAAAAAUGAUGGCUCAGUGAACGGGGUGCGGUACUUUGCUUGCCGUCCCAAGUGUGGUAUGUUUGUCAAGCCUGAAAAACUGUUGCUGGACCGGCGGGGCCGAGCCAUGCGGGCUGCGCGGACCAAUGGCAAUGAGCCCAGCUUGGGGGACAUGAAACGAUCUCGAUCCACAGCAGAGAAGCUCAGUGAUGUGGGCAUAAGAAGAAGCACCAGUAAAAGUGAAGGAUUGAAUAACAUGAGAAGGUCCAAGAGUCGCGCUGAAGGCCUCUCAUCUAUAUCUGAUCGCUCAAAGGCUACUACUACUCGUAAUAGGAAAUAGAAAGGAGACAUUCACAGUGUUGUCCAAAGUACCAAGGCUGCUAUAUACAGGGUGCAAUGCAACGGAAGUGUGUGUGCCAAUGGAGUAUACCAAAUGUUGUUUUGCUUAUUACAAUUAAAGUUGCUUCUUUGAUAAUGUUAACUGAUUAGAUCAGUUACAUUGAGCAGAAACUAAGCUGAGACAAGUGCACAACAUUGAGAGCAGCCCUGCCCUAUACUUCCACCAAGUGUUACCCCGCGAACACGUCCCGUCGUCCCUCCAUUGUGAGAUCCUCGUCUAUGGUAGCAAUAGUCUGUACUUAACCUGCUUCCAGAUUUAGGCACUUUCUUGCUGGAUGACAAAUUUUUAUUUUAUCAUGAAACAAGAAUUUUAAUAAAAUAAUUUUAUCUAAUUUUAAAGAUAUUCAGCUUUUUUGAUACAUAAAACUUAUUUAAUUAGGACAUUUCAGCUCAAGAAAGUAAUUAUUUUAUCAGAACCUUAGCCAUAAGUAUUGAAGGGAAAUCAAAGUUUCCAGUGACCAAAGGCUAGCCAAAAUAAGAUUUUAUAAUACAAACAAAAAUGUGGUAACAGGUAAUGUAUACAGUAUGCGAGAAAAUGUUACUUUUGGGGAAUGUUCAGCAUAGCUUGAAUGUUGCAAUUGGUAGCGUAAAUUAUGAAUAUCAUUGGCUUUGUAUGUGCAUAGAAGUCAGUCAUUGGGCAUAGGAAUAGUCUUUGAUGAUGAAAAUGAAUUUUAUCUUGUAAUGAGGUUAUACGCUUUUGACACUCACACGAUAUAUUACAAGUUCUUUCAUUCCAUCGUUGGUUGCUGAUAGGAGAUUGUAAGUAUUUUUACUUGUAUUUCCAAAGAUUAUGUGAUGCCUUGGCACUUUGAUUGUAUAUAAACUAUUGUAUUAAUUUUGAGUCAUUUUGUUGCCAUAUCUUUUGUUGUACAGUUACUUUUAAGUCUGUAAAAUUGUGAUCAUAUUAUUUAUAUUAAUAUAAGAGAUAUGUAUGUACACACACAUAUACAUAUAUAUAUAAAUAAAUGCAUAUAUGAAUAAAAAGAAUGAUUUCUGUAAAUUAUGGGAUGAUGUAUAUGUUACGAAUUUUCAUGCCUGUACGUACGACAACUUUAUUUUCUACUCAAUUAUAUAUUGUUAUAACUAUAAAUCCUCCUCCCCUUUUGUCUCUUACUUAAAUGUUUAAGUAUUUAAAUACAAAAGCUGCUAUUCAAUAACACUAUUAUAAAUUCAUUAGGUAUUCAAAUUUGGUUUAUAAAUUAGAGCCUCACACACCAAGGCUGUGGACGUGUCACACAGCACUUGACACCAGACCACCGGUGGGGGACGUGUGGAGGUUCUCACAGAAUUGUUCAUGCCACCAGUGUUCCCUAAUAACUAGAAAACCAGUGUUCCCUAAUAACUAGAAAAAAAGGACAAACUCGGUAUUGAUGCUUGAUGAGAAAAGGAAGUUCUAUCACUUAAAAAAAUUAUGCCAUCACAGCUGUGCUAGUGUACAGCAUGAGUGGUGUGCUUCACUGUACAAGAUUAUGCUAUCAUGUAUCAGGGACACGUCAAUGCGACAUACAAAUGUUUACAGGGUGCAGCAAACCACCCACUGCAACAGGCUUCAAAACUGCAUACUAUAUGAAAAUUUAAGAAAUGCAAAUUACACAUAUCUAGUCUGCUGAGGCUUGUUACAUAGAUUUUUAAGUUCCAAUCACAAAUAAAAUUGAAGUAAAUGCAAGUGUACCAUGUAGAAGAAAUUGACAUUACAUUUUGUGGUUUAGCUUAUCAUCCAGGUUAAGACUUCCCCAUUCAACAUCACUUCAGUGUUGAGGCUGAAGUAUAGUAUAUUUUAUAGAUGACACUGAAAUAUAAGGAUUCCCAAAACAUGCAACAGCCAUUGAUACGGUCUCAACACAGUAGACUCCUAGUUGUAGAAAAAUGAGCAUGAUUAAUAAAGGUCUUGUUAUAUUCAAAGGGGUAUGUUCCCAUAAAAAAGUGAGAAGGAAAGAUUUUGUCAAAACUAAAUGGGUAGGAGCAUUUUCCAUACAAAAUAAAUCAGAAAUAAAAAAAUAAAUAAAUAAAUAAAUAAAUAAAUAAAAAUUAAGGCUUUAAAAAUCUCCCAGUAUAACUCCCAAUAUGGGGAAGAUUAUUCAUUGAUUUUUCAAUUGUUAAAAUUUCACAAAUAAAACCAAAGUUUCACAAGUUCCCAUAAUUUACUGCAAUUUAUUUUGCUGCAUUCUCAUAUACAUAAGAUAUGAUGAAAAAAUAGCCUUGCAUUGUACUAGGAGUUUAUUGUUAAGCUGAUGGACAGUGGGUAGGUCUGAUCCUGGAAGUUCUAGGCCUAUUCUAGAAGAAAAAUCAUGCUGCUGUUUAAUAUAUAUAUAUAUAUAUAUAUAUAUAUAUAUAUAUAUAUAUAUAUAUAUAUAUAUAUAUAUAUAUAUAUAUAUAUAUAUAUAUAUAUAUAUAUAUAUUGAACUUCAUUUUACAUGCAAAUACUUGUAAAAAGUUAGGUAUCAAUGAGUCCUAUUUUUCAUAAAUUUAUAAUUGAUCUACUUCAGAUUGAAAGUAGUCAGUCUGAGUUUAGAUGAAUAUUGCAUCCAAAAAUUACUAGAUUGGAUGCUUUCUUUCUUUCCAAGGUUUUGUUAAUGAUUUUAUUUGAAAACUGCAAUGAUGUUUAGAGACAUCUCAGCAAACUAAUUUAUGUUGUAGUAUGUGUUUGUCCCUUGCAGUUUGCCCAGUUCUUUUUGGGCAUGAUGUCCCUACUGCUCCUUGCAUACUCCUCUCUACCUAUUGUAUGAGCUCCACCAUAGGUCAGUUAUUAUUAUUGAAUUAUAGUGCACUUAUAACUUUGGUACUGUAACUUUGCUACAGCAAGGUUUCAAAGCCUGCAGUGGUAUGCUACUGGAAUACUUUUGAAAGUGUACCAGAAUAAAUAACCAUAAUAUAAAUUGUGCAUUAUAUAAAUUAUCUGUAGUAGAACAAAAGACACAAAUAAUACAGUAAGUUACAUGUAUAUGAAUAGCCACAUUCUAUUAAUUUUCUAGUAUAUAUUUGUUAAUUUAUUUUCAGUCAUUGUAAAAAUAUGAAUUACACCAGAGGUAUAUGCAAUCCUAAUGAAGGCAUUCCAAAUACAUAGACCUUUAUUUUUCAGUAACCUGACAAGACUUUGUACCUGGAUGAUGUUUGUGCAUCUCUUGGGUUCUACACCUACCUGUUAAGUGGACGGCAUAAUACUGCAUCAUAACAGUACCUACCAUGGGGUUUGUCCCACCUGCUUCUCAUCAUUCUUGUAAAGAGUAUGAUUUCUUGUCAAUUUGAUACUGAAUAUCAAAACCAUUUAAAAUGUUCUUAACAAAUUUGGAAUAAUGUAUAUAAACCUGAUAUAUAUGAUAGAGCAUUCUUGUUAAGAUUUGACACAAGUGCAUCAUGAUAUAGGUCAUCUUAGAAAAUAAAAACUUUGUCAAGUAUGAGUCAUAAAUAAAUGCUGAAUUAACUGUUA